CCAUCUCUCUUGGUCCUUUUAGAACCUCCUCCAGGGGCUCUGCCUCUUCUCACCUUUCAUCGAUUAAAGGCGAGCUCCUCCCCCUCUAGGGUUUCCUGCUCCCCAUCUUUCUCCUCCGCUUUGCCCUCCUCCAUUUCAGUAUCCACCCAUCUAUCUAUCUAUCUAUCUCUAUCCUAAUCUAAUUCAUUAUACCACUGUUGUUCCUCAUGGAGGAGUUCUCUCAGCUAGGAGGCAGUCUCUGGGGAGGCAUCAUGUGCUCCGCGGCCUCGAAACCUGCAACUGAUCAUGCUGCAACGGUCGCUGCGGCUCCGCCGCCGCCUACUUCCGGAGGCACCGCUCAUGCUUCCGUGUUUGACAAGGCCGGCGGUGGGUGCGGCAUCGCCGCCCCGACACUCCUCGCCGGCCACCAAAACUCAGCGGCCGCACUUCUAUUCCAAGGCAAGCACGAGGGAGGCGUCGGAGGCGCCUCCUCCUCCCAUUUCCCUCCCGCCUCCGACAUCGACGCCAUCAAGGCAAAGAUUGUCUCGCACCCCCAGUACUCCAACCUCCUCACCGCUUACAUCGAUUGCCAAAAGGUCGGAGCUCCGCCGGAAGUGGUGGACCGGCUCUCGGCCGUGGCACAGGAGCUGGAGAUGAGGCAACGGGCGAGCUUGAUCUGCCGGGACACACACACAGACCCCGAGCUGGACCAGUUCAUGGAAGCAUACCACGAGAUGCUGGUCAAAUACAGGGAAGAGCUGACGAGGCCAUUGCAGGAAGCUAUGGAGUUCUUCCGCAGGGUCGAGUCUCAACUCAACUCCCUCUCCCUCACCGAUGCCUCCCUUCGCAUCUUGACAGCAGAUGAUAAGUUUGGGGUUUGCUCCUCCGAAGACGACCAAGAUGGUAGCGGCGGCGAAACUGAACUCCCGGAGCCGGACGCGUCGGCCGAAGACCGCGAGCUGAAGCACCAACUCCUGAAGAAGUACAGUGGCUAUCUGAGCAGUCUGAGGCAGGAACUGUCCAAGAAGAAGAAGAAAGGCAAGCUCCCAAAGGACGCGCGGCAGCAGUUGCUCAACUGGUGGGAACUCCAUUACAAAUGGCCAUACCCCUCGGAGACGCAGAAGGUGGCGCUGGCGGAGUCGACUGGGCUCGACCUGAAGCAGAUCAACAACUGGUUCAUAAACCAGAGGAAGAGGCAUUGGAAGCCCUCGGAGGACAUGCAGUUCGUGGUGAUGGAUGGCUACCACGCUCCGAAUGCUGCUCUGUACAUGGACGGCCAGUACUUCAUGGGCGACGGCCUCUAUCUCGGACCUUGAGUCGAGAUCGAUCUCGAUCGGUUAUGUUACUGCAUCAGAGGCCUUGUCCUCCUAACCGAGUAAUUAUUUGGGCAAGUUAAUUAAUAACUAGUUUUAUAAGCCCUCUGUCUGUAUUAAUCGCAUGCUACACUUUGUCGUCAUGCUACUCGAUCGCUAGGUCUGUGUACGUCGUCGUUUUAAGGUGAAUGCUCUGUUUGUAUAAUUAUUUAAUCUCGUAAUUUUUAGUGUCUA